AGCUCCAGUGCCGCAUCACACCACCCUUACUUCAGGUUUUGGGAGAUUUCGAUACCCUGAUCAUCAAUAUCGACUUCCUGGCCACUAGCCGUUCGAGCGUACGAGCAAGAUGUUGAAGGAGGCCAUUGAGCCGGGGACGACAGAGCACGGCAGACCAGCUAGUAGGGAUUGUCACAUCACUGAAAAACAAGAGGAAAUUCGCGAUGGUAGCAAUGGGAGCAGUGAGCAACUGUACGCCACGGAUGGAACCAUACUAGCAGAUCCAGGUGUUAGGAAAGUCGAAGCAUUCAACAAAGUCCUAUCAGAGAGCAGAUCGGGAAAACUACUACUCAUCACACUGGUAGUCUCAAUUGGGUUGACUAAGUUUGGCUAUGCUCUCGACUUCGGUAUCACAACGCAGUUCAAUGCGAUUGCAUCCUCCUCAUUUGGCCACCACGCAGAGCUCGGCGCUGUCAACACUGCCAGUGUUAUCAUCCGUGGGGUUUCGAAGCCAUUCAUUGGCAAACUUGCAGAUAUCACAUCGCGGCCGACUACCUAUGUUGUGGUUUUGGUGUUCUAUGUCAUCGGUUUUGUCGUGGCAGCCACGUGUGACAACAUCGCCGCCUACACUAUAGGCAUCUGCUUCACGGCCUUCGGUAAAUCAGGAUUGGAUUUCCUAGGUAACGUCAUUGUAGCGGAUCUGACGUCCCUGCAGUGGAGAGUGUUUUGGAAUGGCCUAUUGCUUGCUCCUUUUAUUAUUACCACAUUCAUAAACGGCUUCAUCUCUGAUGCGUUCAUCCCCGAAAAGUGGAGGUGGGGCUUAGGCAUGUUUGCUAUCAUGAUGCCAGUCCUAAUGAUUCCCGCUAUUUGGACGCUAUAUGGGAUGCAGAGAAAAGCAUACAAGCUUGGGAUGGUCAGCAUGGCCAACCCUAUGGCCACGGAAAAAAGUUGCGGUAAUCUUAAAGGUCCUGCAACAUAUCUCCACGUUGCCUGGCAGGGUAUUAUCGACAUUGACCUAGCAGGAAUCAUCCUACUUGGUUUUUCCUGGUCCCUAAUCCUUCUCCCUCUCAAUCUUGCGCAGUCAGCCAACGGAGGUUGGGAAAAUGCAAGUAUGAUUGCUAUGAUUAUCUGUGGUUUUGUAAUCCUCAUACUCUUUAGUCUCUUCGAAGUCUACAUUGCACCCAAGCCAGUCAUGACAAGAGCCAUUCUACACAACAAGGCCUUCAUGUACGCUGUCAUAGUCGACGUCUUCAACCUGAUGGCAUCAGGUUGUAAUGAGAACUAUCUCUCGUCGUAUCUGUAUAUCAUUAAAGAGUGGUCUAAUUAUGCAUGGACAAUCUUCCUAGGUAUCACAACCCUGACGAUUUCCUUCGUGGGGCCCAUUGCUGGGGUCAUCCAGCGUCUCACCCACCGUUACAAGACAAUGAUGGUAUUCGGAGGGGUGAUCAAAUUGAUCGGAUAUUCCAUCAGCAUGGGCUCAAACAUGCGCAGCACACAGUCAACAGCUGCCUUAGCUAUAUCACAAAUCCUGCUCGGCAUAGGCUCCGUGAGCGUCUUUGGUGCUCGUCUCGGUGCGCAGGCCUCAGUGCCACAUAAAGAUUUAGCAAGUGCUAUCGCCAUCGCGUCAUUGUGCGCCACUAUUGGCAACUCAGUCGGAUAUACUAUUUCAACGACAAUAUGGACAAAGCACAUGCUCAGGUACAUGCGCGAGGAGUGUCCAGUAGGGACGCCAGACUCGACACUGAGGAAGAUCUAUGGCUCCAUCUCUGUGCUACGAACAGAGUAUGGCUGGGAGGAUCCGGUUCGUCAGGGUGCGGUGGCCGCAUACACACGUACCAAUGGCCUCAUCCUCACUACGGUCUGCGUGCUGAGCGUCAUUCCCGUCAUCUUUUCUUGCUUAAUGCCAAAUUACUACCUUGGCAAACAACAGAACGCGGUCACAAAUACAGGAUUGGAUGGAGAGCUAUUGGAGGUGCCAGCGCCAGCGCCUUCCACUGAUAAAAAUGAGGAGAGCGAAGCUUAUAAACGGGGCAUUGGGUCUAAGAUCAAGAAUUUAUACUAUAAGGAAGUAUAAACUCUGGUAUAUAGAACUGUAUGUGCACUAACUACGACGACGAUUAGCUCGCUCUCAAC